AUUGCUUUGUGAUUGGCUCUGGGGGGAGGGGGGGCUUGAGGGAGAGACAGAAAAUAACUCCAGGAACUCUUAAUUGGACCAGAGUGGGAAGUGAAUGUUUUCUUUUGAAAUUAAUAAGAUUAGCACUUGCAGCUAAUAGCUAAUAGUGAUAAUAGCUUAUGUAUUUGUGUAUUCCUCUAUCGAAGGGCUGCUUGUCAUCUACAGCCUCAAAGUGUAUUCAUUCCACAAGUCCUUAUUUGGGAGGUUAAGAGCUAGUUUCUGGAGUGAUUACGUCAGGUUUAAAGAGUUUAAUGCUUUUCCUUCUAAAUGUAAACUGCUCCUCCUAUCCUGCGUAAAAUCUUUUGUGCGGCCACACACAUGCACAAGUACCUGAGGGAGUCUCUUUACCACGCUGAACUUCAGCCUCUCGUUCGCAUCACUGUUGUCCAAGUCUAAACCAGAGAGAAAGAGAGGAGACACACCGCAUGUGAGACGUACUCAUCAGAUUGUAAAUGCGUAAAACAUUAUACUAAAUUUUAAGUAGAGAUGUUUGUUGAUCCCAGGAGAGACGUGAUGCUUGAACCUUAUCACUUGUGUCUGGAAAUAUCCUCGUUUCUCUCUUUGAAAUUUGACUCCAUCUGGAAUCUGUCCUUUAAAUGAUCUUAUUCAUGUUUGAAGAGUGUUUGUUCUGUUCAUGAGAGAGAACCAUGUAAACUGGAAGAAGAUCAAGACUACCAUGGAAGGCCAGACUCUGUGUGCUGUUGAUCUCGGUGCCAAGUGUUUGGGCUUUAAACACAGUUCUUUCCAUGUUCUGAAGUCCUCCCUAAAGGCCGGAGCUUUGAGUAAGGCCCAGAGUCCACAUGUUAGAUAAGCCUGACCUCUGACCUCUCACACGAUGAAGCUAUUACACACAGAGUUGUCUACUUCAUGUGGACUCACAGCUGCAGCCCGCUGCCACACCAGCAUGUCAUGCCUCUGUGGUGUGACCUGUUUUUCCUUCGUUCACACACAUCAGUGUCGUAGAUGUUCUGAAAGCGACUGUCUAGUUUGACAGAAAGGCUGUCCCAAGUUACGUGUAGCUGGAAAAAGGAAGGUUCAACCACACGCUAAUCCUGAGCAAAAAAGGAAAACACACAUUGCACACAAACCUUAUUAGUGAGUUGUUGUCUGUGCUGGAGGAGCUGCACAGUGCGGGGAAGGGUUUAAAAUAAGCUGAAGCAGUAAUGAAGUUCUGUUUUUAAUGGUACAGUAGCUGCUUUAACACGGUUUUGUAAUUAUAAUAUGAUCAUCACAAUAUGCAUGAAAUUAGCAUAAAAUAAAUAUAAAUUAAAGCUAAAAAGAUUCAAGAAUAUAGUUAAUUGUGUUUCAGUCAUUUAUAAAACUAUAUAAUUGUAUUUAUUUAAAUAUCCGAUAGAUGAUUUCAUUAAUUUCAUUUUGACUAUGUCUAUUGAUAUGUUUCAUAUACCACACUAGAUAUGUUCACAGCUGUGUUCACAUUUAGUGGGGUUUUCUGGGGCAUUUCAGAAAGUAGUUCAUACAGUAACAGAUGUGACGCUGAAAAUAUUAAUUGAAUACAUUUUGGUGGGUGAUCGUGAACUUCAUCAAAGUUAACACUGGCAAAACUAAAAUUCCAUAUAAAUGCUUCCAAUAUAAAGUGAGCAAAGUACUAGAAAGCAGCACAAAUAGUUUGGACACACUGAAGCCAACAUCUUGUUAAUAAAAAGGCCUGAUUGGGCCCAUCCACCCCUCCCCCAACAAACACCAGGACCACAGUGUGUGGGCAUAUAUAUAUAUAUAUGUACCAGGUAGACCUUGACCCAGACAGGCGUCAGCUCGACAGAGUGGCCUUGUCUCAACUCUGGUUCUGCUUCAUUCCUCCUCCAUCAUGACUUUUAACGAGACCUCGGAUCCACGAGACACCUCCCUCUUCAACUGCACCAUCUCAGGAGCUCCUCUGGCCUCCUACCUCCAGCCCUGGUCCAUUCUUGCCGGCGUGGUCAUUGCAGGGAGUUGCCUGCUCGGUGUCCCCGCUAACUUCACCAUCAUAGCACAACUGGGCCGGCAUCUGCGCGGCUCCUCCAUGACGCAGCGCCUCUUCUUCAACCUGGCCCUGUCGGACCUCCUCUGCCUCCUCUGCCUGCCUAUAGGCAUGUACGUCUUUUACAGUGGAACGUGUCUGAUGGAUGGACUUAAUCGGUGUCUUUUUUACUGCUUCAUUUUCUGCGUGACCACCGACUUGAACAUUCUGGUGCUGAUCAGCAUUCAGAGGUACUACCAGGUUCUUCACCCUGAGAAGUGGGUCAAGGUGGACCGAAUGUGGCAGCGCAUUUUGCUGUUCUCUGUGUGGAUGCUCGGGGCCUUUGUGGCUCUUCCGGCUGUGUUCAUGACAAGGAACGAAGCCCGGACGGAGAAGACAGGUGGUCCUAUCUGCAAUAACCUCGGCAUCAAACCGGAACUAGAAGCAGCUUACAUCUCCUUUGUUGUUUUCAGCUACCUUGUCUUGUUUUCCUUCUACCUGCUGCUUGUUAAAGGCGUCAAGCGAACUCAGAUGCCCAACAAGAAGCAGCCUAGAGCCACCAAGAUCUUCAUCCGCAUCAUCGCCGUCUACCUGGUCACCGGCUUUUUCCCCGUCUUCCUCCGGACCUUUUACGUUGUUGCACUCUUCACUGGGUCAGUCAACCUGCUUUGUGUUAGUAGAAUGCUAACGUUUGUGGAGUGUUUCUACUUUUUCAAUCACUGUCUGAAUCCCUUCCUGUAUUUCUACGCCUCCCGGCACAGUCGAGACAGCAGCAGGAGGACCCUUCUCCUUAAUGACGCCUAAUAUGAUAUGAUACCAUGACAAGCUUCUUCAUAUUGGUGGGGUGGGUUGAAGCUAAUUAUGUGAAGAAUGGCCCAAGUCAUGAUUCGGGCUUACAUACAUGCCAUUUGUUGUUAUUCUAGUUAGAAGUCAAUGAAAAAGGUCACAGACAACCAUUUUCAUCUUUUUGUUUUUUAAAUGUCAUGCUUUAAAUAAAAACACCUUUCUACAAAAUUCUGAUUUUCGUCUCACAAUCAAAGUCGGUGACUCUAAAGUAAAGAGGAUUUAACCCCACGCUGCCGUCCAACGAACAAAAAGACAAAAGUCACCUGUCAU